UGAGUCUUUUAAUUUGCAGUAUGCUCGGUUAACGCCCAAAUUGUGCGUUUAUUACUUAUUCAAAUAUCCACAAAUGCAACUUAAGCAAACUUUGAAAAAUACCACCCACUUUAUGUAACUAUCAAGUCCAAAAUUAAAAAGUAAGGCCAGGUUUGUAACGUGUGUAGUCGAAUUAAACAUAUUUAUAUUAAAUGAAUAAAAUAUUUCGAAACAUAUAUAUUACACUAUAUGGCAAAAUCUCCUUUUUAUCUGGAUAUUAAACCAAACUAUUUGUUCCGGGAAUUUGAGUCAUAAGUAAAAUACGAGUAUUCUACGAUUUUCGCCUCCUAAAAAGGCUAAUUAAAAAAAUUAUAAUUAAUUGCAGGAUAUACAUAGUUACUAGAAAAUCCAAAAUAUUAAUAUAUAUCUACAUUUUCUUCUAAUUACUAUGAUGUAUAACAUUUUUCGAAAAAUGCUGACACAUAGUUUUUCCUGAAAAAUUUUUGGUUAUAUCAAUAUAUGGAUUUUGUAGUAACUAUAUUCUGUAAUUAAUUGUUUUUUCUAAAAACCCCUUUUCGAACUUCUAAGGCGAAUAUUUCGAUAUUAGAGGCUAACGAAUUUACUUAUGACUAAAUCUCCCAGAGAAAAUUAGUUUGUUCUAAUAUCUAGCCGAGUUUUGUACAGUGUUAUUAAUAAAGUUUUUUGAUAAUGAUAAAAAUUGCAAGUUGGUUUGUGCCUCUUUGUAUCCCUUUCCCCAUAAAUAUUUGAGACAUAUUUAUUUAUUGAAUAAUACAUUUUAGGUUAAUAGAGUAGAGUUCAAUUAUCAAUGAUUUAUAAUUUAAGUUUAUUAUUAAAUGAAAUCUUAAUACGAAUCUUUUUUAUCCGAAUUACGUAUGUAUUUAAUUUAAUUAGCGGAUAAAUAAAUGUUUCAAGUGACAUAGAAAAACAUCAUGAGCGGUUGACACGCCUAUUGCUAGCCCUAAUCUAAUACUUUUAGUUAACUACAAACUUAUUGAUAUAAGUUGAAUAUUUAAUAAGCAAAUUUUUAUAUAUAAGGCAUUUUAUUUUAAGUUGUUUCUAUAGUUCAUACCGUAAUAUUGUCGAUAGUGAACGUUCAAAGAAUGCAUACUCCAAACCUUCUGCUCUCAGAAAUAAAGUUAAAGAAAUGGAAAAAUUAUGACAAUAAAUAUUUGUAUUGGUCAUUGAAUAGUGUGGUAAAAGAUUAUUCACUCCAUUCUACAGAGAAUGAAAACAUUGAGCGGUAUGAUCAAUUUUACAGAGAUCAUAAGCUCCUCCUGGUAUUGUUCAGAGUACUUGCCGUUAUGCCCAUACAAAGGUCUAGUCCUGGAUGCAUGACAUUUUCUUGGAAAUCAACAGCUACAUUAUACUCCUUCAUUUUCUGGAUAUUCAUGACAGUUAUUGUUUUAAUUGUUGGAAAAGAAAGGAUUGAAAUUCUUUAUACAACCAAACAAUUUGACGAAUACAUAUAUGCGGUAAUCUUUGUGAUUUAUUUGAUACCACACUUUUGGAUACCCUUUGUUGGAUGGGGUGUAGCAACAGAAGUAGCUGAAUAUAAAUCUUCUUGGGGAAAGUUUCAGUUAUCAUUUUUCCGCGUAACUGGAACAACACUGCAGUUUCCACACUUAAAAUCAACUAUAGUAAUUAUAUCGAUUGGGUGUAUACUUUGCGCAUUUCUCUUUUUGUUUGCUCUGUCUUUCUUUUUAGAAGGAUAUCCACUGUGGCAUACGUUGGCGUAUUACCACAUUAUCAUUAUGAUUAAUAUGAAUUGCGCCUUGUGGUACAUAAAUUCAAGAGCAAUAAAGACAGCAUCAAUAGCACUAGCGCACUGUUUUCAAAAGGAAAUUCAUUCUUCCUAUUCUGCAGAUAUACUUUCAAAAUAUCGGAAGUUGUGGAUCAACCUAAGCGAGUUAUUGCAAUCAUUAGGAAACGCUUAUGCAAGAACUUAUUCUACCUAUUGUAUCUUUAUGUAAGCUGAUUAUUGGCUAAGAAAUUUAUUUAUAGAUAGAGUAAACCCAUUCUAUUAUGAAUUUCCAAUUUUUCAUUUAUAAAAAAUGCCCUUCGGGAACCUUGCAAAGAUUAGUGCAAACGUUUCUAAUGACCUAGAGGAUGUACUUACAUAAUCAGCAGCAAUUGUCAUCAAAAAGUCUUUGUGCCAAUACGCUAAUUAACAAUUAUGGUUUUCGCCCGUAUAUGAGUUUUCAAAUUUGACAAACACUGGUGGACGAAGUGUGUUGCGAUCACAUGAUAAUUAAUGGCAACACUGUUGCUAUAAUAUUAGGAAGUAAUCAUGUGUAGACAAAAGCAGCAAUGUAGACAUAAACAUUCAAUCAGUGAACGGUUAAAAAAAGAGGAAACUUUAGAUAUAUAGAAUUUUUUGAUUUUAUUUGAAAACAAAUAAUUUUAUAAUAAGGAAAGUAAAUAAAAACGUUAUAUUAAGCUGAAUAAUGUACUUAGUAUAAUUACUUGUCCACUCCACUUUUAUAAUAGAGUUUGAUUUGUUAAUGCUACAUCGAUGUAAAGUAAAGUCACUGCAACUAAGUGUCCCGUUUUUGUCCGCAACUUUAUACCGUACGAUACCGUGGACAUUCACGAUAAUUGGAUUUUUCCGUAGAAUUUUUUUUGUCUAUGUAAAUAGUAUAAGUUUGAUUUUUAAGUUAUAAAAACCAUAUUUUUUUAUUGGAGCAUAGCUUCUUCAUUGAGGUGUAAAAUACAACUGAUUCUCAAUUAAAAUUUUUCUUAAGUUAUUCUUAAACCCUUAGGAAACACUGCCACUAUUUCUUGUGCGAAACGGUUAACGUUUCGUUCCACAGUAUUAAAAGAGAGAGGUAGCACUUAUUGCGGGUGCCACAUAGCUUACAGGUGAUUGCCACUUAUAUCAAGUUCAAGAGAUAAUUAUAUUUAAUGUGGGCUCUUAGAAAAAUUUUAUAAAACCAAAUACAAUUGAUUCGUUUUUGAUAACAUUGUAUUAAUUUAAUUGUGUUAAACAUUAUUACUAUUCAAAUUAUAAUUAUGAAAAUUUAUAAUAUCUUUAUCAAAGAGUUUUAAUUUUCUUAACAUUUAAUAUUCAAAUUAUAAUUAUAACAAGUAAGGAAAGGCUAAGCUCGGGUGUAACCGAACAUUUUAUACUCUCGUAAUUUAUUGAAGAAAUUUUAUUAAGAUAACGCACAAAUUUACACAUAAAUUCGGUAUAAAGUUUAAUAGAAUAACGAAAAUCUUAAUAUAUAGAUAUGAGCGCUGAACCGAUUUCAUUCAAUUUUACCAGCAAGGUACACAAUCUCCAAUACUAUAUAUCUUCUUCUUCUUGACUGGCGUAGACACCGCUUACGCGGUUAUAGCCGAGUCCAAAACAGCGCGCCACGUAUCCCGCCUUCUGGCAGUUUGGCGCCAAUUCGUUAUUCCAAGCGAAACCAGGCCUCUCUCCACCUGGUCCUUCCAUCGGAGUGGAGGUCUCCCUCUUCCUCUGCUUCCACCAGCGGGUACUGCAUCGAAUACUUCCAGAGCUGGAGCACUUUCAUCCAUUCGAACAACAUGACCUAGCCAGCGUAGCCGCUGUUUUUUUAUUCGCUGGACUAUGUCUAUGUCGUCGAA